CUGGGCCUCGAGCUGGGCUCGCAGAUCCUCGCCCGGGGCCCGCUGUCCGUCUACGAGUACAUGCGCCAGUGCCUGCUGCACCCGCGCCACGGCUACUACGCGCGGUCCGGCGCGGAGCGCAACUUCGGCGCGGGCGGCGACUUUGUGACCGCGCCGGAGCUCUCGCAGCUCUUCGGCGAGCUCGUCGGGGUCUGGUUCGUCAGCGAGUGGGUGCGCCUCGGCGAGCCGGAAAAGGUGCGGCUCGUCGAGGUCGGCCCGGGCCGCGGCACGCUCCUCGGCGACGUCCUGCGCGCGACGGCCGCGUGGCCAAAGUUCCGGCGCGCCGCGAGCGACGUCCGACUGGUAGAGCCGUCCGCCUCUUUGCGCCUCGCGCAGCGGCGCACGCUCGGCGCUAGGCCGGCGACGCACGCGCAGAAGCCCGACGCGGAAACGCCCGUGACCUGGGCCCUCGACGGCUUCGGCGACUUUGGAACUAGGGCUACCUGGCACGAGUCGCUCGACGAAAUCGACGACGACGGGGUGCCGACGCUCCUCGUGGGCCAGGAGGUGCUCGACGCCUUCCCGGCCUACCAGUUCGUCAAGACCGACAACGGCUGGCGCGAGAAGCUCGUGGAUCUCGCCGACGCGGGGCCGGACCGCUUCCGGUUCGUCCUGGCGCCGUCGCCGACGCCCGCGUCCAGGGCAUUGGCCGCGGCCGACGCGCCGUCGCUCGCGACCAAGGACGGCGAGGCCGAGACGCUCGAGGUGGCGCCGGGGGCGCUGGCAUUUGUGGAUGCUGUGGCUGCAAAAGUUGCAAAAGCCGGCGGGGCCGCGCUCUUCGUCGACUACGGCUACGCGCGCGGACAGCGCGGCGACACGCUCCGGGGCUUCCGCCGCCACGCGCAGGUGUCGCCCCUCCGCGAGCCGGGUUUGGUGGACCUGACGGUCGACGCGGAUUUCGGCGCCUGCGGCGACCGCGCCGCGGCGGUCGACGGCGCCGCGGCGUUCGGUGCGGUUGACCAGGGCGAGUGGCUCCAGCGCAUGGGCAUCGUCCCGCGGCUCGAGGCGCUGCUGAAUUUGGACGACAUCACGGAGAGCCAGGUCGAGGACCUCAUCUCCGCCUGCGAGCGUCUGUUGGACCCGGAGCAGAUGGGCGAGCGCUACAAGGUCCUCGCGGUC